UUAGUUAAGGGGUAGAUUAAGGCGGAAUGAAAAUGAUAAUAUAUAUUUAUAAAUAAGACCAGACAGAGUUUAAUAUAGCACACAUAUAGUAGGUGUUUACUCGCAGUUCAAGGUGAGUAACAAGUUCCACAUUAAAUAUGUACAUAGGAAUAACUAUGGUGAAUGAAGUAUUUAGAUUGAUUAUACAAAUAUCACUCCUUUGCAAAUCAAAUGCGGUAUCGAAACCUGUAUCAAAAGUGAAAGCAAGGCAUCAGGGGAAAUAUUUUUGAGGAGGAGCACCGUUAAUUGAUUAUUCUCAUUACACAUUGACCUGCUUUACAAGUCAACCCACUCAGCCUGUGGAAAAAUAAGGAGUAGGUGAGAAAAGCUAGAGGAGGUCUUUGUCUGUCAUAUUUCUGUGCUUUCAAACUACGGAGGAGAGAAUGGAGCUUAUAUUUCCAGGUUUAGAUGUGAAUAUGUCCUCUUGAGAUUAGAUCGGGCUACUUAUGGGGCCUGAAGUAAAUGAAAGCUACGCGUCCUGCGAGGGGUGUAACGUGGUGACAGCGUCAGGAGUGUGACUGAUGGGGCGUGAGUGUCACAUGUCACCGUCCACACAGUUUGACACCUCCGUCCUCCGCUUCCCUCACAGAGACGCGCAGCAUCGGCAGGAGGACGCGGACGGACGGCAAUGGCGAGCGGUGACAACCCGGCAACUAUCGAGUCAUGGCUCAACCAGGCCACGGACCCAAACAAUAAGGAGGACAGAUGGGACUGCAUUCAGGGCUUCUACCAGCUUGUUAAUCAAGAGUCUGAUGGGCCACAGGUAGCAAUCCGUCUUCUUGCCCAUAAAAUCCAGUCCCCCGGGGAGAGAGAGGCUCUGCAGGCUCUCACUGUUCUCGAAGCGUGCAUGAACAACUGUGGCAAGAGGUUUCACAGCGAGGCCGCCAAGUUUCGCUUUCUCAAUGAGCUCAUCAAAGUCUUGACACCAAAGUACUUCGGCGCAUGGACCCCGCAGAAAGUUAAAGACAGGGUGACCGAGGUCCUCUACGGCUGGACGCUGUGGCUUCAUGAAGAGCCCAAGAUUCGGGAAGCCUACAACAUGCUCAAGAAACAAGGUAUCGUGAAGGAAGAUCCCAAACUGCCAGACACACUUAUCAUGGCUCCUCCUCCACAAAGAAACACAGAGUCUGUUUUUGACCAGGAGGACAAGGCCAUUCUUUUAGCCAGAUUAUUGAAAAGUAACCGCCCCGAAGACCUGGAAGCUGCCAACAGGCUCAUUAAAAGCACCAUGAAAGAGGAGCAGGAGAAAGCUGAGAAAGUGUCGAAGCGCGAGUCAACCCUGAAGGAGGUGGAGAGCAGCGCCAGGGAGCUCAGAGCGCUGCUGGACCAGCAGGCAGUUACUGGAACUUCGUUAGAGCUCAGCGAUGACGUGGAGGCUCUGUACGAGCGCUGCGACCGGCUGAGGCCCAGCCUGUUCCGACUGGCCAGCGACACGAUGGACGAUGACGCUGCUCUGGCCCAGAUCCUGGCGGCUAACGACGAGCUGACGCUUGUAGUGAACGCCUACAAAAACCUGAUUGUACGAGGAGAGUGUAAUGGCAAAAGAUCAAGAAGUAAAAGUGAAGAAGUGACGAGAAAAAAUAGCGCUCCUACGAGUCCCAGGGAGAUUAAGAGCUACCACCUCAUCGAUCUGUCAGCGCUGGACUCUCCGCCGACUCACAGAAAAGCCGAUUCACCUCCUGCCUUUAGAUCCUCUUCACCCGUCUUCUUCUCUGAGACGGAGGACACCUUCCACUCGGACACUGACCACGGUUUAAAUGAAUUGGAGUUGUAUAAUGUCUCAAAACGGACUCAAGAGAAGUCAAAGUCGUACUAUGAGGAGCUGAUGCAGCUUAACGGAGACAUUCAGAUAACGAACACGGAGCAGAACGGAGGGAGAGGACUUGUCCUGAGAGCCCGUGGGAGUGGAGGGAAUUGCGGCACAUCGAACGGGACAAACAUUUGGUCUGUCCCCCACAAUCAGCAGUUCACAGAGUCGGGAUCUCCGUCCAAGUCACAGAAACAACCAAAUGACGUGUCUGGAUCUCCUGGGAAACAGGAGGAGAACUUACUAAAAACCAUCUUUGUUCCAGUGGAAACCAUCAAACCUAGUCAUCUGGAGCCGAUCACGCUGCACGAUCGGGCCGGUGUCCACGUGUCGCUCCAUUUUGCCAGAGACUGCCCCCCCGGUCAUCCAGGAGUCGCUGUGGUCGUCAUGUCUGCAGUGAACACAUCUGCCCUCCAUGUUAAAGACUUCCUGUUUCAAGCCGCUGUUCCUAAGACCAUGUCAGUGAAGCUCCAGCCUGCCUCGGGGACACACCUACCUCCUUACAACCCUCUCCUGCCUCCACCUUCGGUCUCACAGGUCCUGCUGCUGGCCAAUCCUCAGAGGUGUAAGGUCCGCCUGCGCUACAAACUGACUCUGACUCACGGAGACCAGCAGCUGAACGAGACCGGAGGGAUGGACAAUUUCCCCGAGUGGACUUCUUUGGUCGGCGGCCACUAAAAAAACUCUGAAAUCCAGACUAAAAUGUGUGAGGGACUUUUCUGUUUGACCAUGAAAGUCUUUUUCUACAUUUUCUAACCCAGAAGCAAGUAAAAUUUAUACGAAGAACUGUUACUGACCGCAACGUAAUGCGACAGUAGCUGCUCCUCAACACUGCUCCCUCUUUUCAUUUACAGAUAUCCAGAUGUUGCUAUGCCCUCUAAUAGGACCUCAUCCAGGUGUUAAAUACUCUGUCGUCGUGUCGUGUCGUUUGUGCUGCCUCUUGAGAUCAUCCAGUCUGUUCACUGUAUCUGUGUGUGUGUGUGUGUGUGAGUGUGUGUGUGAUCUGGUUACACGUCUGUAACAUGUUUAUUUAUUUUGUGCAUUUGUGCCGUCAGAUCUCCCAACGUGCCUCUACUUGGAUCAGGUUUUGAUUUUAACGUGUAUUUAUUGUUCAAAUGAGGUUUCCUUAAGGAGCGAAAGGUGUUGAUGAAAAUCGUCGUGUUAUGUAAUGAAUCUAGCGUUUUUUGACUUUAGUCUGUUUCAAUUAAAGUGCUCAUUUAAGCCAUGCAGCUUAAAUAACAAACGAAGGAAGGAAGAACUGCCACAGAAAGAUGAAAAAAUUUAAACCUGCAAACAGAUGAUGCAAAAACAAUCAUGAAAAUAUCGUUCAUUUCUGUCCUCAUUGUUUUGUAUUUGUUUAGUAGCAGCAUUUUUUUAAUCUCCCUUAACGUCUUUGUUUUUUGUGACUGCAGUAGAUUUCUUCGUCCCAUUUGUUUCUUGAUUUGCUCUGUUUUGUUAAAUCGCACCUUCUUUGUUUUAUGCUGCCUUGGCGAGGAUAUUUUCUCCACUUGCAAGUCGCACUGUGCAUCAGCUGCCAAAAUGUAAUGUUUUUGUUGACCAUGUAGGAGUUUCCUGAGCAGCCGUCUUACACUGUGAAGCUUUAAGUUGCCUUUUUAGAGCAAAAAAGGAUAAUAACGAAUUCAGUCUCAGCUUUAACUCUCAGAUUGUACAAGAUCAAAACAGGAAACGCUUUCCUGUCUGGUCUCUGUCAUGUGUCAGUAUUCACUUUAUUAAUAAAUACAAAUUCAUUCUGUGA